AAAGAAAGAAAGAAAUCAAAAACUACGAGGGAAAAACUGUUCGAAUUAUCUCUUCUUCUUUAACGUAUAGUAAAAGAAGAAGAAAAAAAAGGAAAGAAGGAAACAAAUUGAACAAUUAAAAAUAAUGUGCAGCAACGAAAGUCCACCGCCAGCUAAGGAACCAUUGGCCGUUGGAUUGGGUAAUCCAAUGGCCGGUUUCUUACCAGGAUUGGAACAUUAUCGUCUUCAACUUUAUCAUUAUGCCAUGGCCGAGAGAUUACGUUUGGCCCAACAAUUACAUCCUCAACAUCCUGGUGUCGGUCAUCCACCGUCGGGUUCACCGGGACAUCUUGGAAUGGGCGCCGCUUUUCCCGCACCAUUGCCAUUGUAUCCAGCUGCAGCGGCUGGAUAUCCAAGUCGAUUGGCAUUAUCAAUGGCAUUACUUCAUCCCCAUCAUCAGAGAAUACCGGAGGAACCGAAACCCCAACACAGUUAUAUCGGUUUAAUAGCUAUGGCUAUAUUGUCAUCACCGGAAAAAAAAUUGGUCCUUUCGGAUAUCUAUCAGCAUAUACUCGAACAUUAUCCAUAUUUUCGUACCCGCGGUCCAGGCUGGAGAAAUUCCAUAAGACAUAAUCUCUCGUUGAACGAUUGUUUCGUUAAAUCGGGUAGAAGUGCCAACGGGAAGGGUCAUUAUUGGGCUAUUCAUCCGGCAAAUCUCGAGGAUUUUAGACGCGGUGAUUUUCGUAGACGUAAAGCCCAAAGAAAGGUACGAAGGCAUAUGGGUUUAGCCGUUGACGAGGAACCUGACAGUCCUAGUCCACCACCAUUGCCAGCUACACCACCACCUUCCGCAUCGGCGUUAGUUGGUCCAACCGUUGCUUCUCAACAGAUCACGGGAAUUUGGACGAGUCCUGCGCCACCGCCGCCCCCUCCACCUCCGCAUUCUCAUCAUCAUCAUCACCAUCAUCAUCAUCAUCAUCAUCAACAGCAGCAACAACAACAACAACAACAACAGCAACAACAGCAACAGCAACAACAACAGCAACAACAGCAACAACAUACUUUUCAAAAUCGUUCGAUCAGACAAUCGUCGUCUCUUCAACCAUCGAGAAAACGACAGUUCGACGUAGCUUCUCUAUUGGCGCCGGACGAUCAACAUCACAUCGAGUCGGAUUUAAGAUCGAACAAAUCAAGAAGAUUCAGUUGCAGCGAGGAAGACGAAUUACAUGAUCUUCAAGAACACGAACAGGAACAAGACGAGGACGUUGACGUAGACGUCGACGUUGACGUUGUAGCUGAGAGCAAUGCUAUUCCGUCGCCGAACGGGACAACGCCAUCGGCCAGUCCAGAGGCGAAAUUGGUCUCACCGAUUGGACAUUGGAACGAUCGGAGUUUACAAACUGGACCACAACAAUUGCCAUCCCUUCAUCUUCACAAUCACGUACACGUUAGGAAUUAUUACGUACCGGCAAACGCCAGUAACGCUUCUGGUGUCUAAUAGAAUCUCGAAAUAUGUGUUGCGUGUGUGUGUAUGUGUGUGUGUGCGUGUGUGCGUGCGUACGUGCGUGCGUGCGUGCAUAUAUGCAUGUGCGUUUAUGUGCGUGUAUACAUCUAUCUCUCUUUCUCUUCGACGAAAUGAAAUUUCAAAAGAGUGUCUGAAAAUUAUCAAAAACAAAAAAAAACCCUCCUACCCCCACCCCCCCCCCCGAAAAAAAAAACAUAAAAAUAAUAAACAAAAAAUGAACGUCGUUUAGAUACGUACACAUAGUGAUUUCCAUCGAUACCCUUAUGUGAAAGUUUGAUUUAACAUCGACGAACGAUUAAGUGCAAUAAGCCCCUAUCUGUUCUUAUCAAGAUCAUCAGGGAGACUGAUGCUUCUUAAAAAUGAAGAAGAAAAAGAAUACAGAGAGAGAGAGAGAGAGAGAGAGAGAGAGAGAGAGAGAGAAGGAUUUAUAAUUACAUACUUGUAAAUAGAUAUAAAAUCGAGUCAAAGAUCUCUCACGUAUGUUCAAAGUGUAAUAUAAAGAAGGAAGGAAUAAAGGAAAAGAAUAAACAAACAAUUCGCAUAGAUAGAUUAUACGUAGUGGUAUUGUAAAAAUAGACAUUGUUUUCUUUCUUUUAUUUUUUUUUUUUCUGUUUUUUUUUUUUUCGAUGUACCAAACGAAAAGAAUAGGAGGAAAAAAAAAGAAAAAGAAAAAAGAACAAAAAUAAAAGUGUAUCAUCAUCUGUACAAAGAAUCUCCGUAUAUUCACGUUUGUUUGUAUGUAUGUAUGUAUGUAUGCAUGUAUGCAAAUGUAUGUAUGAUAAGUAUGUAUGUAUAUGUGUAUGCGAUUGGAUAUCGCUCGACCAGUGUCUAGCGAUAAGAAACAAUGAUCAUCGUCAUUGUCAUCGUCAUCCUCAUCGUCAUCACCACUAUCAUCAUUAUCAUCAUCAUCAUCAUCAACAUCAUCAUCAUCAUCAUCAUCAUCAUCAUCAUCAUCCAGUGAAAAAAAUUGAAGAAGAAGGAGGAAAAGUGAUGUGAACGAAUAUAAUUCGAUGUUAAAAAGACUUAGAAAGACAAUUUUUGUUUCCUUUUUUCUAUUCAUUUAUUUAUUUUUUCUUUUCUUUUUUCUUUUUUCCUUUUUCUUUUUUCUUAUUUCUUUUUCUUUUUUUUUUUUCUUUUCCCCUUAAACAAAUUCGAUGUACAUCGUUAAAACGCGAGUUUUCGUCGUCGUAUAUCGCGAAUUGUCUCUCUCGAUUGAUUAAGCCGAAAAAAAGAGAAAAAGAAAAAAAAAAAAAAAGAAAGAAAGAAAGGAAAAAAGAAGAAAGAAAAGAGAAAAAAAACUUCGCCAACGAAAGAAAGAAAAACAUGAUGAAUAAAAAAAUAAACAAACAAAUAAAUGAACGAAAGUGACAAGAUCGCGCGAGCCUACCUAUAGAAAGUGAUUUAACAAAUAAAUAAAUUUAAUAAAGUCUC